AUGAUGGGCUGCAAGUCCAACUCUCUCACUUGCCUGCAAGGAGGGAAGCCGGGGCUGCCAGUGGCGGCUUCCACGGACUCCACCGCCACGCUGAACAAGCUCGCCCUGGCCACCGGAGGGACGGAGAAGUCCUGGUACCGCUGCAUUUUCCCCUUCGGCAUCGUCUCUCUGGUCAUCGGCAUCGCGGCCACCUGCAUCACCUUCACCAUCAAUGGGCCGAAGAUGGACAUUGCCAAGGUGGUCUCCAUGGCCACCCUGAUCUUCGGGGUGUGCCUGCUGGUGGCCGCCUUGGUCUGCUGGCGGGCCAAGAGGGAGCGGCAGCGCAAGAAGCAGCAAGAGGAGCCCGUCCCCUUGGAGCAAGGGGCCCUAUGAGCCGGACACCGAAGCAAAGCCCCGACAGGUAGACCCGAGUCUGGAGAGACCUCACCUUUUCCUUGUGGCCUGUGGCAAACUGAGUGGGAGCCAGGAAGGGGGCUUUGAAGGCACCCUGCAAUCUUCUGGAGCCGGACGAAAGUGGAACUGGGCAACUUUGCCCUGUUUUUAUUCAGUGCGACGAGCCACAAAACACGCUGCUCAGAGACUCGGCCUGCUCCAGGAAUGGUGAGUGACGAAUGGCGGGAGCCACGAGGCAGGAAUGAGUGGCUGGUUGUGCGUUGGACUGUUUCCCCAAAAGAGGUCCUAAUCCAAGCUCUGCGACCUUCUGAGCCAGCCGCACCGAGCGGCUUGUUGACAGAGCCUUCGGACCAAGUUGCUUUCAGGAGGAAGCAGCAGCAGAACUGGAGCAGAGGGAACGUUCUCCCUCCUUCAAGGAUGCUCUCUGCUCGUCCCCAUCCAGCUCCACAUGCCAUUGACUGAUCACAGAGGGACGAUGCGCGUAUGUGGACACACAUGCACACACGCACUCUGAAAAGACCACAGUCUCGCAGUGGCGGAACCGGCUAUAGCGAAGCAAACCCAAACCCCGAAGGUCUUGGUAGGCGAACGAUGGCAUUUGGACUUUUCAGCUGCUGUGUGAGAAGGAGAGUGACAUGAGAUUUCAGCCGGGGGCAGCAGGAAGGUCAAUCGCUACUGUCAGGAUUCGGGGGAUGACCAAAUAUGCCACCACACUGAGCAAGAUAAAGUGAAGGAAUAGUCUCGGUCUCGCCUGGGGAAGUCUGCGUCGGCCGCGAAGAGCCAAGCGAAGUUACGAGACCUCAUGAAACAUCCAGCUGAUGGGAACGGCUACAGCUUUCUCCUGUGGCAGUGGUGGCCGCAGGUUUGCCACUGAGAAGCACAGGGCGGUGCGGAGCAGGACAGCUCACCGAGGCUGCCCCUCAGCACAAGGUGCUGCACAGUGGAAAAGUUUCUAGUCUAGCGGCAAGGACUGAAUUCAAGCGUUCUAUACCUGUGGCGUGCCUUCGCGAGUGUGCACCGGCCUUCCAUGCUGUUUGUGAUGUGCCUCAGGUUGGUUGCACGAUGCGGUUGUGCAAGUCGUUGCCAACACACACACACAGAGAGAGAGAGAGAGAGAGAGAGAGAGAGAGAGAGGAAAUGUUUUGCAUUACAAAUAUAAAGGAAAUGCUUAGCAUUACAGAAAGGGGAACAAAACAAAAUGGUUGUCUGGCUUCAUCAUCUCUUGGAAUAUGAUAGUGCCCUGAGCAGAGCAGGAUGCAUUCUUCGUCCACACCACUCCCCUUAACUUGACCUCCCUGGCACAGUGUUUCCAGAUGGGGCGGCCCCAGCUCACGGCUGCGUCACCUGAGGGCUCAAGGAGGACUCCCAUCUCCCGGGACACUGAGUUCUCAGCCGGACUCCUGCAGGCCGGGGCGGCUCACUGUCAGAAAAGCAGCUGGCUUGCGACUCCUCGGCACCUGGAGACUCUCCACACAUGCGCUCGCUGCUGGAAAGAUGUGAAACUGGACGCUUUGGAACAAGCCUUGAAGCAGGGAGAGGGAGCAGCCAGGACAGGCGUGGGAGGAGGGUGGGACUGCGCUGGGAACGCAGGGUGUGCACAUCCAUCACGUUUCCUGGCUGUGCCGUUCGCUGAAUGCCUGCAGAGCUCCCCCCACCUGUGCCCCCGAGGGCUGAGCAUGCCUGGCCCAGAUGCAGCCUGUGUGGCGGAGCAAGCAUUUCACGAUGCAGGCGGAAGAGCGGGCAAGAAGGUGGCGACACGGCUGGUGGUAACUUCCUGCACCACUUUAGUCUGUUCUCCCGAGGGCCACUCGGUCCGUGGGCCUGUGCUACAACUGGGGUGCAGGGAAGAAGCCUCUUUGCUGCAAAGAGCUGGAUGCUCCCAGGUCGGGAGGCUUCAUGGAGGAGGCUGCUGGAUGGGUAGCAGACGCCCUCUGGCCAAAAGCAUUUGAACCAGAAGCGGGAUGCACUGGGGUGGUGCAGAGACUGGGGGAAUGGACUGGGACUUGUGCGAUCUCUGAUUCUAGUAACAAAUCUCCCCGGGUGACUUUGGGCCAAUCAUUGACUUCCAAGCAAACCUACUUUGCAGGGCGGUUGUGAAGAUAAAAUGGAAAGGACUAGUUAAACCGUCUUUGCAAGAGGAAAAUGCAGGAUAUAUAUUAUUAUAGUAUUUUCUGCCCUUCCUCCAAGGAUCGCCUAUAAUUGUCACAAACCCCCUGCAAAGUAGCUUAGAUGGGAAUAUGGUCCACAGGGAGUGAAAGAGGAGUCCUGCUAGAUCUAACUGGGGUCCAUCUAGUCCAGCGUUCUUCUCUCGAAAAGGCCAACCAGCCCCCAGGAAACCGAGCAGUAAGACAUGGUAGCAGCACACGCCCCCUUGUGGUGAUUUAAUGGAAACUUAAAGUUAUUUCCCCCUGCUCCCCACCUACAAUUCUUUAGCCACCACUGCACCCUACUAUAAUUUUCCAUAUUGUACUUGACAUCCGUGGCUGAGUUCUGACAACAUGGUAACCCACACUGAAGGACUGAGUAUGGGUUCCCAUUGAACUGUGGGCUGUUGUGGAAAGAUGGGUUCUCAGAUUCCCUCAGCCCAGCCGAGAUAACAAACCAUGGUGAACAACCAUGCUGACCAAACCAAAGUUGACAACCCAACAACAAACCAUGAGUUUCCGUCAUGGGUUGUUCAUGGCUAACAACCCAUAGCUUCUUAGUGCUUCUUACCUGGGUUCUGACAAUGCAAUGACCCACAGUUCGAAGCAACCAAUGCUCAAGCCAUUCCCAACUCUUGUGUAUAUGAGUAGUUGUGUUGUCUGAACUUAGCCUGCAUACAUACUUUCUAUGCAGUUGGUGUAGCUUUCUGUUUCUGACAACCAGAAACCCAGUUUUGCUUUCCUGCUUGAGGGAAAUUGUGAUCACCUUUCAGGAUCACUUGAUCCAAAUUGAGGAGAGCUGAUAAGAAUAGCAUAUAAUCACCUCAGGGUGGAUUUGCUUGGAGGCUCCUCUUCAAGGAUUUGGUUUCCCAUCUGAGGAAAGGCACCUAAAAAGGAAAGGUGCAUCUGAGAACCUGGAUGCACAGAGAUCACACAGGUGAAUCCAUUGGGUGCCGAGCUGCCCGAGCACCAUGCUACCCACGUGAAGCAGCUCGUGGACCAGGAGCAUAGUGCCCUGGGUCAUGGUGAAGGGCAGGAGAUGAUAGCUUUGAAUAAGUCAGUUAAGUGCUAAAGCGCUGCUCUUGAGUGCGCCGCAGGCUUUGUACACGCUGAAGCAGCAAGCUGGGUUGCCUGAUGCCGCAGCUGUGCUCUUGACGCAUCCUCUGUGAGGGAAGCACCCAGCGACCGGAGGUUCCUCAGAAGUGGGAAUGGCACCGGGGCGUGGGGAAGAGCGAAUGCCAUCCCUGUAAAAUCUGGGAUCAGUCCCUGGCACCUGCUUUUCCACUGGGGAGAGGCGGCCGAGGAUACCAGAGACCCCUUUCUGGCUGAGACCGGGCACUCCGGAGCAGAAAGAGGCAUGAGAGCGGGCAGAGGCGCUCGGUGACAGGAAGGGGCAUGGCUAGGAAGCCACAGUGCUUCUAGUGGGCAGAGGGGCUUUAUAAUAGGGAGGGGUGUUAGAAGCAGAGGAGCUGAGGUACUACUAGUAAGCAGAGGAACGGUAACAGCAGAAGAGCGUUCUGGCGGCACAGGGAUUCUGGCAGGAAAAAGCAUCGCUAGUACGUCGGGGUAUCACUAGUCCUUAUGAAAGCUAUAAAGCAGUCAGGGUUCUACUCGUAGGUAAAGGUAAUGCUUGCAAGGAUCUGGCUCACUCUUCUUACAAAGGCCCUUCCAGGAGUUGUGAAAGAGACGUCGACUCAGAGGAGGAGGGGUAGAAUCUGCCAGUUGAAAUGCUGAGCCAGGUGGUCACUGAGCAUGAGGCAGUUUCAAAUACUGUGGGAAAGUUUAGCGAGGAUGUUACUAUGGAGUGGGUGGGCCCCGAGUCCCUCAUCCCAGGAUGCAGCAUCCGCUUGAGAGGGUGGACCGACCGAGAAAACCCUGGUGUGCCAAGCGGCUGCCCCAGUCACAGGAGGGGUGUUCCGCGUGGCAUCAGUUCCUUCUCGCUGAGCUGCGUUUCCUUCAAGGCCGGUAUUCUUACUGUGCGUGUUUCCUUUGCUGUGGACUUCUGCAGUUCUCUCGCUUGGUACUUUAAAGCCAGCCUAGCUGGUCGGCUUUCACACAAUAAAGCCUUUCAAACAGAAA